AAAGAUGGUUCAUCAAAUCCUGGUAUUUUUAGAGGUUUCGUAAAUUUCACUGCCGAAUUAGAUAUAGCACUUAAAGAUCAUUUUGAAAAAUCUACAUUAUUCAAAGGGAUAUCAAAAACCAUUCAAAACGAAUUGUUAGAUAGAAAACAAUCUGUUACCAUCAAUCAAGCCACUGGUAUUGGCCGUAUUCUACAAGAUUCUAAUUUAAUUGGAAUUAAUUUACCGGCGACCUGAUUUCAGAAAUAUGAGUGGUGUCAUUAGUUUGUUACAGUUUUUUAUAGAAAAUAAUCUUCAGAGCAUAUUUUUGCCACCUUUACACUUUUACAAAUAAUUGUUACCAUACCAAUGACUACGGCCGAAAGUGAAAGAUGCUUUUCGACAUUGAAGAGAAUAAAAACAUUUUUACGAAGUUCUAUGAAUGAAGAAAGACCCUAGCAAUGCUAUCUAUCGAGAAAAAAUAUUCUUUUUCUGAAUCUUUUUUUUAUCCCGUGUUACCGAAUUUUUAUUUUUUAAUCGUGAACAAAUACAAGGUUGAAAUGGACGUAAGUUUAAAGCGAAGUGAAAUUUGGCUCCAUUUUACGACUCUUUCUACGGGCAAUGCUAAGUGCAAUAUAAUGUGGCUCCAAAUAUUCUUAUAGACGAGGAUCAACUUCAAAUCUUAAAAAGCACCUACAAUUGAAACAUUAACUUUUUUAACGCAACCUAAAACAUUUCCAAAAACAGAAUCAAAUCAUGCAAGUACUGAAGGAAGCAGUAGUAUGGCAGCUUCGACCUCAUCAACUAUAUCUCAGCAGAUGCAAUCUCCAACAUCUGAGGGAAGUAAUAAGGAAGAAGCCUUGCCAUCAUAUCACUGCUAAGGACAAAUAGCCAAACCACUUCAAAAAGGAAAGUUAGCUAGAAGAUAUUUAUGCAUUGUCGCUACAUCAGUACCGUCUGAAAGAAUUUUUUCUACAGCUGGACAAUUAAUUUCGGAGAGAAGAAAUAGGUUGAAGGGAGAGAAUGUAGCAAAAAUCUUAUUUUUACAUUAUAAUCACGACCUAUGAGUUUUUUGUAGACUCUUUUAGUCAUUGGUUUGAGACUCACUUUCAUUAAAUAAAAAAAUAUAGUCAUGUAGCUAAUAAUAGUGUAGUUUAAUAAUGUUUCAGUUGGAUGAAUCAUUCCCAAUUUUCCAGCCACUACCUCCUAAUGACGAUUUAGUUUGUAAUUGCGUUUGUGCUACAUUCUAAAUACUGAAAACCAAAUACCACUGACGUCGUAAUGUGUACGAGAGAAAAGCGCGGGAAGCGUGCAAUACGUGUGCUAAGAGAUAGGAGCACCGCGUUGCAGAGCAUCCCAAGUAUAGGCUCACUGAUGCCAUCGGCGCACUCUUUCUAACAGAUAUUUCACGCUUUUCGCGCUUCUCUCGUACACAUUACGAUGUCAGCCAAAUUUGAACCUCACCGUAUGUCUUGUUUAUGAGUUUUUAUUGUUUGUUUCAUUAUAUAUUUUGAUAUUUUUUAAGCAAACCUGUGUC